AUGACGUCAUCUAUGGCUAGCAAGCAACAGACACACGACCCGUGGGUCGCCCAGCCGUUAGAUAUAAAUGACACGCGUUCUUACUUCAACGACGGUUUAAUUCAUUUAAAUGAGUCAUUGACGAACCGUUCAUUGGAUACAUUACAGAAAAUAGCUCGGAUAACAUCAGAUACUGCCAAUCUUAAAACGUCAAAUGAAAUCUUGAAGAACAUAACUGAUACGUUAAUUCGGCGUCUACGUCCCCAUUUUCCUCAAAUUGAUCAAUCCUGUGACAGCGUAGAUAAGAGUGGUGAAUAUACAAUAUAUCCCGAUGCGUUUCCACAGGGCGUGAAAGUUUUUUGUUAUUUGGACUCCACGAAAAAGGGAUGGAUAGUUAUACAGAGGAGAAAAGACGGCUCAGUAGAUUUCAACCGCAAUUGGGCAGAUUACAAAGCUGGCUUCGGUGAAUUAAGAGGUGAAUUCUGGCUAGGCAAUGACCAUGUCUACCAGCUGACUAAGGACAAACCGAAACAGCUGAGGAUUGAUAUGGAGAUGUUCGAUGGAACAAAGCGAUAUGCGCUGUAUUCUGAGUUCAAUAUUUCACCAGAGUUUGAGAAGUAUAAGCUCCAUCUGUCCGGAUACACUGGGGACGCAGGAGACUGUUUAUCAACGGCUUGUACUGGUGUUAGUGGUACUCUUCACAACGGUCGGUCGUUUUCAACUUUCGAUAGAGAUAAUGACCUAUCAGGUGGUUGUUGUGCAUGCGGUUAUGGGGCAGGUUGGUGGUUUGAUAGGUGUUCCAGUGCACAUCUUAACGGUAAAUACUUCAAGGAAAAAGAUUCCGUGUCUUAUUCGGGAGGAAUUCACUGGUACACCAUCACUCGGUUCAGCACAUCUUUAAAAUUUGUGCAAAUGAGCAUGCGCUAAGAAUGCACAGUUAGACGUAGAUAUGAAUUGAUAAAGUAUUUCCACUGGAGCAAAGAAAAUGAUUGUCAUUCGUAUUGUAUCGAUUGUUUUAAUGUUUUGAUGUACUUAUAUUGACUUAGGAGUCACCUGUUUAAAACCCUGGCGCAUAUAUAAAGUGCUAUACAUUUGUAUUUCAAGUGAAAUUCAAGUAUCAUGUAAAUUUGGUGUGCUACAUCUUCAAUUGAAGACUUUUUUUAACGCAAUAAUUUUCAAAAAAGUAUUUUUCUAACACGAAUGUCUCAAGUGUGAGUAAUGAUUUAUAUUUAAAAGUGCACAUGCUAUCAUUUACACCAUGCUGUGGACGCUCACGAUAUAAUAAUUCAUCCCUGAUGAUCGGACGCUUUUGUACGUAGGUAAGGUAUGGUUAAAUCUUUUGGUGGAAAUUGUGAAACGCGAUAUAUUGCUAAUUUAUUUGAAGUUCAUCAUUUUAUGUGGGUUAUAACACCAGGAAAAUAAAAAAUAGUUCAUAAACAAUAUGGCUCAAAUGAAUAUUUAGGAACGCAACCGCGAAAUCGGCAUUUUGCAGGCUACCUAACACACGUGCUUAAAGGGGCCGUCCAGCAGAUUUUGGCAUGUAUUGAAGAUUGUCAUUAAAGGCUUUAAAUGCAUCAUAUUGAUAAAUUUAAACAUUUGAACUAAAAACUCCAGUACAAAAACAAGAAUACAAUUUAAAAAAGGAAAAAAGUAACCCUCAACAGGGCUCGAACCACUGACCCCUGGAGUCAUGGAGUCCAGGAAUAAAAAGUCUCCCGCCCAGACCACUCGACCAUCCACGCUCAUACUUACAGGCGAUGUAUUUUUUAGCUAUAUAAGUAAUCCUCGUAGUUUCCCAAAAUAUCUUUUCGCGUCGCACGACGCUUUAUCUGUUGGACGGCCCCUUUAAGCAACCGAUCGUCGCGGAGGAACGAUGUUAUCGUGAGCUUGCACAUCAUGUAGUCAAGUAAUCACAUAUUAAACUUAAAAUUGAAAUAUUGUGUCAUUAUUGAGAUAUUGAAGUUGAACAGUGUUGUGUCAGAAUAGUCUCCAAGUGCGUUAGAAAAGUCUUUAAGUGUACAUACAACUGUAGUGAAGUUUGCGUUGCUACAUGCUUCUAUUUGUUUUCAUAUCCAGCAGACGUUUUAAGCCGCGUGAAAAGUAUUGCACAUAUAUCGCAAAUUGAUCUUCACAUGUUUUGGUCCUGCUUACUAAUUUAAUCACUCCUAAAGUGUAGUUAAGUAUAGUUACUUUCAUCAAGAGGUGUUAUUUACGUGUUGAAGACAGAUAGACGGACGUCCGGACGGACGGCCGAACGGAAGAAUUAAGACCCUUUGGUGCAACAUCAACAGGGACUUAAACGUAACAGUCGCCAUAAAAAUGAAUGUUUCAGAAGUACCCAGAGCAUGCCGUUGUUGUAUUGCAAUCUGAUAACUGAUAUAUCUUCAUUACAAUAAACUGUGUUGAUGUGUGAAUUCCAUAUCAAGAGUGCAAAUAUCUGAUACACCAUUAAGUUCAUCUGAGCACGAGGUGCAAAUAGUGAGCUUUUGUGUCUUGUUCUGAGAACACUGGGCUUAAUGCAUGUGCGUAAAGUGUCGUCCCAGAUUAGCCUUUGCAGUCCGCACAGGCUAAUCAGGGACAACAAUUUCCGCUUAAACUAGAUUAUCGGUAAAACGGGACUUCCUUUAAACGAAAAAUACCAUAAAAGCGGAAAGUGUCGUGCGACAUUUUACGCACAUGCAUUAAGCCCAAUUUUCUCAGAACAAGACUCAUUUGUAAUCAGUCUGUGUCAUCGUUUAGCUCAUCAUCGCAUCUUUUGCAUCUAGUGUUGAUGGAACUUGGCCAGAAUUCUUAACGUGAAAAUAUCCAGGCUCUGUUCAAAUUCUAGGUCAGUAGGUAACAUGUAAAAAGUUUGAGAAAAAAACACCCUAAGUGUAUGACUCAAUCUUAAUAAAACUUUGUCAGAAAUGUUAUAUUAAAAAUAUAUAGGCAAAGUUUAAAUCUAGAUCACAUGCGUCUAAAAACUAGGUCACCAGGUCAAAUCUGAGAAAACCUUCAUUACAUAUAUAAAGGCUCAUUUAUUUUCAAACUUGAUGAGACUUUGACAGAAUGUUUUCUUGAAAAUAUGUAGACCGAUUUCGAAUCAGGGCUACGUGCGUACGAAAAUUAUGCCAGCAGGUAAUAUUUUAGAAAAAACCUUUUUACCACUGAAGUAGCAAUCAUUAUGACCUAAUCUCGAUUAAACUUAAUCACAAUUUUCAUCAUCACAAUAUGUAUCACAAGUUUGAAACUACGUGACCGCCAUAAAAAACUAGGUUACUAGGUCAAAUCUAACCAGAACCAUGUUACCAACAUGUAUGCCUUAGUCUGUUUAAAAUUUGAUCAGAUUGUUUAUCUUAACAAUGUCUAGGCCAAGUACAAAUCUGGUUGGCAUGCAUUAAAUAAUUGGGUCACGAGGUCAAAUAUGUAUCUACUUUAGAUGCCAUAUGUCAUCUAUACCUUUAUGUUGAUAAAACUUUGUCAGGGCGCUUAACGUGAGAAAAUCUAGACCAAAUUUGAACCUGGAUCAAGUUUCUCCAACAUCUAGGUCAUCCGAUCAAAUCCUAGAAAAAACAUUGUAACCUCUCUAGAAGCCAAAUGUAUGACCUUGAAACAUGGUCAGAAUAUUUCUUUUGACAAUAUGUAGACCAAGUUCAAAUCUCGGCAAUAUGUGCUUAAAAUAAGGUCACCAGGUAAAAUCUCAGAAAACCAUUAUAACCCUUGCAGAAGCCACAUGCAUGACUCAAUCUCGAUUAACCCAUUUAUGCAUAGCGUCUAGAAAAAAGGCCUUGGCAAACAGCGUAGACCCAGAUGAGACGCCGCAUGAUGCGGCGUCUCAUCAGGGUCUGCGCUGUUUGCUUAAAGGAAUUUCUGUAAGAAAUAUUCUAAAUAUAGAAAUAAGUAUAUUAGACAUCCCUAAUUUUGGAAAUAAAUUGAUCCAAUUUAGAAGGAUGGGAGGGUCUACUAGGUAUAAAUGGGUUAAACAGGGUAAAAUUUGCUGAUACAUAUCAAUGCCAUGUUUGACUGAGGGUCAAGAGGGGUAAAUGAUGUACCUUGAUAACAGGUGAGCGUUUCAAGGCCAUCAUUGACAUCAUGUCUUUACUUUUUAUUUAACUUGUAUUGGUAUAUAAUCAAAUGAUAUUUGUCCAGACAAUAAAUAUAUUUAAGA